GACUCAAGUCUUCUUCUCCUCUGCCGCAGCGAACUUUCUUUCUCUUCCGGUUAUCGUCUGUUUGUGUGAUAUACCAGUGUCGAAAUGGCCAAGUCUAAGAACCACACAACUCACAACCAGUCACGUAAAUGGCACAGGAAUGGCAUUAAGAAGCCCAGAUCUCAGCGUUACGAGUCGUUGAAGGGGGUGGACCCCAAGUUCAUGAGGAAUAUGCGCUUUGCAAAGAAGCAUAACAAGAAAGGCUUGAAGGCAGCACGGAAAGCAGUUGCUCAGAAAUGAGCUGUCUGUCAACGUUCCAAAUAAAUCAAUAUAAUAAAGUAAUGCUUUGUUAACAAAA